CACGUACAGCGUCAGAAACUUCCAACCGUUCUUGGUUGGAUGCUCCAAUAUUGGCACCGCGAAACCUUGCGCACUGGGUCGGUAGCUUGAUCAACUGCAAAGAGGUUCUAGAUCUAUGUUCGUUAACAAAUUGUCCCGUGAUGCGCCUGUCUCCAAAGUGGUUUCGUUGUUAAUUAUACAACUGCUCUGCCGCAAUUCGGGAAACUUAGUGCUAUAUUUGCCGGUACCCCACACCCCACACCCUUUAUAUUAACCCACCUCCGAUUCAUGCACUUUACCUGCUUUGACGCACAAUCACAUCGCUCUCAUGUUGCAUUCUCCUGCACCCAUCCUCCAUCGCUCACGCUCUGAACGCUGCUCAUCGCCAUUUGCUGGCAGCAUGACAAGUUCAUGUGGUCUCGAUAUUCUGCCGCUAAUGUCACCGAGCCAAAGUACAGAAGACAUUUUUCGGACGAUCAUGAAGGUCAGAAAAAACUGGAAAAUUAUGAAGGGUGAUACCAAGCCUGUAUGGCCACCUUAUCUUGAGGCCACUAUGCUGAAAGGCCUUCAGGAAUAUGAACCGGUUAGCCGGGAAGCCCAGCUUUUAGGUCGAUUCCCUAAGCGCAGUCGCUUCAUCUCGCAGUACAUUUACCGCCAGACGGGAAGGUACAGGUCAUCAAAACAAAUAAGCAGUCGUCUACAACAACUCAGGGACACAUCCGAGGGACGGGAGUUAAUCGAUUCCCUCACGCAAGGUUAUCUUGCACGAAGGGAAUCCGGCUCGUCACAGAGGCUUUCUCCUCAUAACCAGAUAUUUGAGGCCAAAUCCAAGCCUCCGUUUUCAACCAGCGACAACUCAUACACUUCUUCAUCCGCCGGCUCGCCCAUAUCAUCCGCAAAAUACAGCCCUGUCAUGCCAUCAUCUAAGCAAAACCACCUCCCUGACACGCGUCCUCUAGUAUACAUCGACAUUUUGCCAGAGCCUAGCCUAUUCUCGAGCUCAUCCUCAUCAAGUUUAUGUGCACCGUCUGCUUCUCCAUACCAGUCCCCACAAGGUAUCGCUGCAUCCCACCCCUCCUCGAACGCGCCACGUCGCAUGAGGGACAUUGAUCCCACCGCUACCUUCGUUUCGCCCUCUGCUGUCAUUGGCAAGUCAUCCUAUAUAGUGUUAUUAGAUGGCGCACCCAUACACAGCGAGGACACGAAACUCGAAUGCGUUGGACCAUAUUUGACCGGUUCUUCCGGUGACGGUCUAUUGCUCCACACCACAACUCUUGUUCCCAAAUACUGGGAGACCUUGUGCAAAUCUCCAGACCCAACCGUAUACACCAUCAUUCAGGAUGUGUACAGCGCUCCAGACUCAGAAACUUCCACAAGGUCCUCAGGUCGCCCGCAUCUGGUCCCUAUCUUCUCUGCCACAUACCACUUCCGAUACCCUGUCUCUGUAUGCACGCCUCCAUCUUCUAUGUCACCACAUUUCGCAUAUCAAGCCAAUUCAUCGUUUCUCGCAAACAAUACUCAUGCUUCUCCUGAUUUACUCUACCGCAUGUCUCCGAGCCUCUCGGACCAAUGGUGGCUUCAGUCGCACGAAUGCAACACGCAAAACCAGCUGGACGAGCCAUUCAUAUUGGACCUUAACCUGGAUGAAUUUUCCUUCGAUGACUUCAUUCACGACUUGCCUGAGGCGACAUCAAAAGAGAUGAUUGCACAGUCGUCGUCAAGCUUGCCGAAGGACAUCCGUAAUUAUAUCAUGUAGAAAAGUAGUGCACAUACAACCGUAAUAUUGAC